AUGGAUGACGUGAGCUUCUUCUUUGCUGGAAAAGACGAAGACAAAUACGAAUUCUGGAAAAAGCCAGAGCUGGACCAAAUCGUGACAAGCAUCCCCGGAAUGGAAGGAUUCCUCCGGCGACGCGACCUGCCGGGGUUCAGCCGGGUGGCCGACGUCAACGACACAGGCUUCCAGACCAUCAUCCGCGAGACCCGAGGCACAGCCCUCUCCAGCGGGCUCAUACUCAACUCGUUCGAGGACCUUGAGGGCCCGAUCAUGGACCAGAUACGGAAGCCCAUUCCAACAGUCUACUCCAUCGGCCCACUUCACACUCACCUCCAGGCCCGCCUUGAGGCCCACAGAAACGACUCCUCCCUCCCCUCGAGCAGCUUCUGGGAGGAGGACCGCAGCUCGGUCUCAUGGCUCGACUCCCAGCCAGAGAAGUCCGUCCUCUACGUAAGCUUCGGCAGCGUGACAUUGCUGACGAGGCGCGAGCUCCUCGAGUUCUGGUACGGCCUCGUCAACAGCGGCCACAAGUUCCUCUGGGUCAUGAGACCCGACUCAAUUGUGGGGAAUGACAAGGACAGCCCAAUUCCAGCUGAGCUGGAGGAAGGCACCAAGGAAAGAGGGUAUCUGGUGGGGUGGGUCCCGCAGAACGAGGUUCUGGCCCACCCUGCAGUGGGUGCGUUUUUCACGCACAGCGGGUGGAACUCGACUCUGGAGGGGAUAGCGGCGGGGAUGCCUAUGCUGUGCUGGCCGUACUUUGCGGACCAGAUGAUUAACAGUAGGUUUGUGAGUGAUGUGUGGAAGGUGGGGCUGGACAUGAAGGACACGUGUGAUCGGGGGAUUGUGGAGAGGAUGGUGAGGGAGAUGAUGGAGGAGAGGAAGGAGGAGUUUUGGGGGAGGGCUCGUCGUCUGGCGGAGAUGGCGAAAAAGGCGGUCAGUGAGGGAGGGACGUCGUAUACGAAUUUGAAUAGGUUGAUUGAGUUUUUGAAGUGUUCGAGUUCUGAGGUGGGUGAUUUUGUUCUUCAUCAUGGGCUGGGCUGCCGGACACCAAGGCUGCUCGACAGGAUGGACGCCGAUGAAGGCUGCAUGACUCAUGCUGACCGUAAUAAUCGAACGGACAAGACGAGAAAUUCCAAAAAGAAAAAGACCAACGAUUUCCUUAAUGAACACCAAAAUUUUCGGAGAUCGGAGAAGUCCCGUUCUAACGAGCUGUUCUUUCGCCUCCCUCAUGUGGUCAUAUUCCCUUUACCGCUCCAAGGCCCCCUCAACUGUAUGCUCAAGCUUGCCGAGCUCCUCUGCCUCGCCCGCAUCCGCACCACCUUCCUUAACACCCACCACGUCCAAGCCCGCCUCCCCUCCGCGGCCGCCCACUACUUCCCGAACCAAUACCCGGGCCUCUUCACCUUCCAGACGCUUCCCGAUGGGCUGCCCCCCGAUAAUCCCCGCACGGGGGACCAGAUCGAGGCCCUGCUCGACUCCAUGGACCGUGUCUCCGUGCCCGUCUUCCGGGAGAUUGUCAACCGCUCGGACGACCCCGUCACGUGCGUGAUUGCUGACGGGAUUUUUACUUUUGCGGUCGACGUGGCUAAGGAGGCCGGGAUCCCGCUCUUGUAUUUCGACACUAUUAGUCCGUGUGGGUUGUGGACUUACAUGUGCCUGCCCAAACUCAUUCAAGCUGGGGAGUUUCCUUUUAAAGAUGACAACUUGGACGAGAUGAUAACAAACUUACCUGGCAUGGAAGGCAUCAUUAGGCGCCGUGACCUCCCUAGCUUUUGUCGCACAAAGGACAUCAACGACCACAUAAUACAACUUGUCCUCAAAGAGGACAAACACAUCCCCUUAUCCCAAGGCCUCAUUUUCAACACAUUCCAAGACCUAGAGGCCCCCAUACUAUCCCAACUACUCGGCGUAUCCCCCAGAGUGUACGCAGUCGGGCCCCUCCACGCCCACCUGAAAUCCAGACUAAGCGUGAAGUCCUCCGAACGAGUCUCCAGCAGUAUCUGGAAAGAAGACGAGAGCUGCGUGUCCUGGCUGGACGCGCAGCCCUCGAAAUCAGUAAUCUACGUCAGCAUCGGGAGCCUGGCCCUAAUCACCAGGGAUCAACUAUUCGAGAUAUGGCACGGACUCGUGAAUAGCGGGUCGAGGUUCUUGUGGGUCCAGAGGCCUGGGUCGGUUAUCGGGUCGGGUUUUCCUGCGCCGGACGAGGUUCCUCCGGAACUUUCCCGGGGAACAGAGGAGAGGGGCCGCAUCGUGAGCUGGGCCCCACAAGAGGAGGUCCUGGGCCACUUGGCUGUGGGUGGGUUUCUGACGCACAGCGGGUGGAACUCGACUCUGGAGAGCAUUGUCGAGGGGAAGCCGAUGAUCUGUUGGCCGUAUUUCGUUGACCAACAUGUCAACAGUAGGUACGUGGGGGCCGUUUGGGGGGUCGGGCUAGACAUGAAGGACACGUGCGAUAGGGUUGUGGUGGAAAGGAUGGUUCGGGAGGUUAUGGUGUCGAAGAAGGAGAGUUUCCUAGAGAGGGCGGGCGAGGUGGCGAAAUUAGCCCGGGCGAGUGUGAGUGAAGGUGGGUCUUCGUAUGCGGAUAUGGAUCGACUCAUUGAAGACAUCAAGUUGAUGAAGAUACCAAUGCCAACAAAAUAGGCUUCAUCUUUGU